AUGGAAAACCCAAGUCUUCAUCGCCAUGUAGUUGGUAAGCUUAACUAUUUGACAAACACCAGACCUGACCUCGCAUUUGAUGUUCUAUCACUCAGUCAAUACAUGCAAAGGCCUUGUCUUUCCCAUUAUUCUGCUGCUCAACGUGUGUUAAGAUACCUCCGCACAGAUCCCUUACAAGGAGUUCUUCUAUCUUCACACCCCUCUUUUGAUUUGCUGGCCUUUUGCGAUGCUGAUUGGGCAACAUGUCGCGAUUCUAGACGCUCAAUGAGUGGAUUCUUCAUUACCCUUGGAGGUGCACCUAUUUCCUGGAAAUCCAAAAAGCAGGCUUCCAUUACUUUGUCAUCUGCCGAAGCAAUUCCUUUCUGGUUUAAUAUCUCUCUCUUUUUUGUUCCAUCCGACUGUCAGCUCGCCGAUUUGUUCACCAAACCCUUAUCUGGGGGUUCUCAUCGGCAUAUUCUGAGCAAGUUGGGGGUCUAUUCUCUCCCCUCCAUCUUGAGGGGGGAUGUUGAAGAUAAGAACCCCCGUGUUGAUUCAAAGAAUGAUUCACAGAAUAGUGAAGAAGUAAGAGAGAAGAAGAAGUGA